AUGGCCGAUUUCUGUGCCAGUGCCGUGCGCACCAUGACUCUGCGCUCCGGAAUGUGUUUUUUGCAGGAUGACAUGCCCGGCCGAAGCGCAGACCUCCCCGUCGAGGCCUCGAGGGCCGAAGCCAAGGCUCCUCGGGGAACCGUGGGGCUCGAGCUCGCCAGGCCGCGGCAGGGCUCUCGAGCCCUGCCGCAAGGCUCGGUAGGCGACGACAUAGCGGACGACGCGUGCCGCACCGUCAUGCCGGAGACUGUGGAGGACUCCCGGGACUGGUUCUUCUCGACUGCGUUGUGGCAGACGGACCUGACGAGGGUCACCGGCUACGACCCCCUCCGAGGCGGGCUGGAGGCCAGGGCCGCGCCCAGGCGGUGGCCCGAGGAGAGCCCCGUGCUCCGCCGCGGCCUCCGGACCUGCGAGGCCGCGGUAGUCCUUGCCACCUGCGCGCUUGUCGCCUGCGGGGCCUUCCUGGCAGCAGGUGGCUCUCCGAUGCUCCUGCAGAUGGAGGUCGGCAGCGCGGAGGCGGCCGUGGAGCAGCCCCCGCCUUUCCGCGCGGACGCCGCGGUGCCCGCGGCGCCGCAGCCCUCGCCGCGCAGCGGCGGCAGGGCGGCCCUCCGCAGCCUCGCACCAGCCGCCUUCGCGGCGGCCGCGGAGGAGGAGAGGCGCGGCAAGCUCGCCGCGCCGUGCGUCCUCGCCCCGCUGUCGGGCCGCGGGGCCAUGGCAGGCCGGCUGCACGUCUCGCUGGAGGGGGAGACCGUGGCGGGGGAGGCCAAGGCCCAGGCCGACUACGAGAAGUUCCAGAAGGACACGACGUCCGAGAACAAGUCGCUCGGCGAGCUGGUGGUGUUCAAGACGAAGGCCAUCUCCGACGCGAAGGUCGAGCUGAGCGAGACGCAGUCCGAGCACGGUGCCACCGUGGACGAGCUGACCAAUAUCGCGCAGACGAUCUCGGACCUUCACGGCGAGUGCGACUUCACGCUGAAGAAUUUCGACAUCCGCCAAAAAGCCAGGUUGCAAGAGAUCGAGGCGAUCCAGGCCGCCAAGGCUUUCCUGUCCGGCGAGGACAAGUCCGGCCUCGUUCGCCAGUGA